AUGGUGUCCUUGAUGCAAGGCCGGCUGCCCAUCAAUCAAGAUGUGCUGCUGAUGCAGAAAGGCAUGCUGGUGCGCAAGGUGAGGUCCAAAAGCUGGAAGAAACUAAGAUACUUCAGACUUCAGGAUGAUGGCAUGACAGUCUGGCAUGCCCGGCAGGCAGGAGGCAAGGCCAAGCCCAGCUUCUCAAUCUCUGAUGUGGAGACAGUGCGUGAGGGCCAUGAGUCUGAGCUGUUGCGCAGCCUGGCAGAGGAGUUCCCCCUGGAGCAGGGCUUCACCAUCGUCUUCCAUGGCCGCCGUUCCAACCUGGACCUGGUGGCCAACAGCGUUGAGGAGGCCCAGAUAUGGAUGCAGGGGCUCCAACAUUUGGUGGACUUUGUCACCAGCAUGGACCAAAAGGAGCGGCUGGACCAGUGGCUGAGUGACUGGUUCCAGCGUGGAGACAAGAACCAGGAUGGUCGCAUGAGUUUCCCAGAGGUCCAGCGGUUACUACACCUGAUGAAUGUGGAAAUGGACCAGGAAUAUGCCUUGCAGCUUUUUCAAGCAGCAGACACAUCCCAGUCUGGGACUCUGGAAGGAGAAGAAUUUGUAGAAUUCUAUAAGGCGUUGACUAAGCGCCCUGAGGUGCAGGAAGUGUUUGAAAACUUUUCAGCUGAUGGGCAGAAGCUGACCCUGCUGGAAUUUGUGGAUUUCCUCCGAGAGGAGCAGAAAGAAGGAGAAAGAGCUUCAGACCUUGCUCUGGAACUCAUCGACCGCUAUGAGCCUUCAGAUAGUGGUGGUCCCAUCAGAGCAGUGGGCACUGCAUGGUCCCCAGGAGGGGCCCAGAGCAGACAAGUAAACAAGUCCCUUCAUUUCCACCCCCAGGAGCUUCGGAGGAAGAUCCUGGUGAAGGGGAAGAAGCUACAGACCCUUGAGGAGGACCUCGAGGAAGAGGAAGAGGAGGAAGUGCUGGAGUCUCAACUGGAGGGAGAGCAGGAGGCUAAGCCAGAGCUGGAGGCUCAGUUUGAGUCUGAGCCCCAGGAGCUGAGCCCCCGCAGUAAGGACAAAAAGAAGGACAAGGUUGUGAUGUGUCCGCCGUUUUGUACGCCUAUCUGUUGUCAGAUUAUGGUUCAGGCUCCUAGUUCCAAGCCUGAGUCCCUUCUCUUUCCCAAGCAGAAAUCCAAACCCAUCAUGUGUCCAUCCCUCUCUGCCCUGGUUGUCUACUUGAAGGCCGUCUCAUUCCACAGCUUCACUCACUCGAGGGAGCACUACCGCUUCUAUGAAACAUCAUCUUUCUCUGAAACCAAGGCCAAGAGCCUCAUCAAAGAGGCUGGCAAUGCGUUUGUGCAGCACAACGCCUGGCAGUUAAGCCGUGUGUAUCCCAGUGGCCUGAGGACAGAUUCGUCCAACUACAACCCCCAGGAACUCUGGAAUGCGGGUUGCCAGAUGGUGGCUAUGAAUGUGCAGACUGCGGGGCUGGAGAUGGACAUCUGUGAUGGGCUCUUCCGCCAGAACGGUGGCUGUGGCUAUGUGCUGAAGCCAGACUUCCUGCGUGACAUCCAGAGUUCCUUCCACCCAGAGAGGCCCAUCAGCCCUUUCAAAGCCCAGACCCUCCUAAUCCAGGUGAUCAGUGGUCAGCAACUCCCCAAGGAGGACAUGACUAAAGAGAGGUCCAUUGUGGAUCCACUGGUGAGAGUUGAAAUCUUCGGUGUCCGCCCAGACACGACCCGGCAAGAGACGAGCUACGUGGAGAACAAUGGUUUUAAUCCAUACUGGGGGCAGACACUAUGCUUCCGGGUCCUGGUGCCUGAACUGGCCCUGCUGCGUUUUGUGGUAAAUGAUUACAACUGGAAAACCCGACACGACUUUAUUGGGCAGUACACACUUCCUUGGACCUGCAUGCAACAAGGCUACCGCCACAUACACCUACUCUCCAAGGACGGCACCAGCCUCCAUCCAGCCUCCAUCUUUGUGCAUAUCUGCAUCCGGGAAGGACUAGAGGGGGAUGAAUCCUAA